UCUUCACCAUGCCACAAACACGAAUUUGUGGAGCAAGGAAAAUGAAACACCUCUACAAAAUGUGGCAGAACUGACCAUUUUCACUAUGCAUUGGCUGGAGAAUACUUUGGUGAACAUUUAUUCUUUCCCAAUUUAGUCCACACACAAAUAUUUGUCUUCUCAAAUAAUCCAUCUUUAUAAAGCACUUGUUAACUAUGCCAACAAGCAAGGAGUCUCCCCUCUCCAUGUAAGAUUUUCUCUUGUUGGAAAAAGAAUGCUCUAUGGCUAGCUAGACUGCCACAGGCUUCUUGCCAUACUGUAGGAUCCUCCUUCUCACACUGUGGCACCUUGUUAUGAAUAAUCCACAUAUGAUGAAAUUGUAAUGGAAUCCAGUCGCAGCAAAAAGGGUUCCAGCCAGGCGGCAUGUCACUGCAUAUGCUGGAAAUGUAGCAACUUCAAUCCAUCUGUAAGGACACAGAACUGCCCUGACCUUUACUCCUUGGCCAUUCAUGGCAUUGACUCAGGGAAGAAGAACAUAGUGUUACUACCGAUGGAGAAUAGGCAUUCCCAUGUGUAUCAGCUUUUACUGAAGAUAAAUAUUCCGAAAGAUAUACUGUAUUUGGUGGAGUGGAUGAUAAAGGGAAAAGUGCAUUGCAUCUUGCUGCUAUGUUUACUGGUUAUCAUCUUCGCUCUCUCCUUAUGCUGCAUAUGGGAAAUCAAGUGGUAUAAGUACCAGACAAUAAAACAUAUUUUCUCACAUGAACACGAAGAUCUGGUGCAAAAGGGUGGACAAUGGCUGGCUAGCAAAGCCAAUUCAUGCCGGUGGUGGCUACUCUCAUUGCAACUGUUGCCUUCACCACAUCAGCAGCUGUACCAGGAGGCACCAAGAAAACAGCAUUUCAUAUCUUUGCAAUUUCGUGACUUAUCGCUCUUUGAUUUUCAGUCGCCACAUCUAGGUAUCAAGAACAAGACUUUGGCUCUGAUUUGCCCAGCGAGCUUUUGGUUGGACUAACUUCUCUUUUCACAUCCAUAUUGGCUACCUUGGUCAUUUUCUGUACAGGCCACUUCUUUGUUCUGAGAAAGAGCUCAGAAUUGCCGCACUAACGUGCCUUCCAGAAAUAUUUUUUGCAAUAGCCUAGCUACAUAUAUCAGGCUACUGUGAUAUUUUUUUUAUAAUGAAUAAGAAACAAGUACUCUCUUUUGUA